ACUCCAGGGGUUGCUGGAAAAGAAGUCUGUGACACUCAUUAACCUAUUGGUGCAGAUUUUGUAUGAUCUAAAGGAGAAAAUGUUCUUGGCUGUUUUGUAUUGCCUUCUGUGGAGUUUCCAGAUCUCUGAUGGCCAUUUUCCUCGAGCCUGUGCCUCCUCUAAGAACUUGUUGGCAAAAGAAUGCUGCCCACCAUGGAUGGGUGAUGGGAGUCCCUGCGGCCAGCUUUCAGGCAGAGGUUCCUGCCAGGAUAUCCUUCUGUCCAGUGCACCAUCUGGACCUCAGUUCCCCUUCAAAGGGGUGGAUGACCGUGAGUCCUGGCCCUCUGUGUUUUAUAAUAGGACCUGCCAGUGCUCAGGCAACUUCAUGGGUUUCAACUGCGGAAACUGUAAGUUUGGAUUUGGGGGCCCAAAUUGUACAGAGAAGCGAGUCUUGAUUAGAAGAAACAUUUUUGAUUUGAGUGUCUCCGAAAAGAAUAAGUUCUUUUCUUACCUCACUUUAGCAAAACAUACUAUCAGCUCAGUCUAUGUCAUCCCCACAGGCACCUAUGGCCAAAUGAACAAUGGGUCAACACCCAUGUUUAAUGAUAUCAACAUCUACGACCUCUUUGUAUGGAUGCAUUACUAUGUGUCAAGGGACACACUGCUUGGGGGCUCUGAAAUAUGGAGGGACAUUGAUUUUGCCCAUGAAGCACCAGGGUUUCUGCCUUGGCACAGACUUUUCUUGUUAUUGUGGGAACAAGAAAUUCGAGAACUAACUGGGGAUGAGAACUUCACUGUUCCAUACUGGGAUUGGAGAGAUGCAGAAAACUGUGACAUUUGCACAGAUGAGUACUUGGGAGGUCGUCACCCUGAAAAUCCUAACUUACUCAGCCCAGCAUCCUUCUUCUCCUCCUGGCAGAUCAUUUGUAGCAGAUCAGAAGAGUAUAAUAGCCAUCAGGUUUUAUGCGAUGGAACACCUGAGGGACCACUAUUACGUAAUCCUGGAAACCAUGACAAAGCCAAAACCCCCAGGCUCCCAUCUUCAGCAGAUGUGGAAUUUUGUCUGAGUUUGACCCAGUAUGAAUCUGGAUCAAUGGAUAGAACUGCCAAUUUCAGCUUUAGAAACACACUGGAAGGAUUUGCCAGUCCACUCACAGGGAUAGCAGAUCCUUCUCAAAGUAGCAUGCACAAUGCCUUACAUAUCUUUAUGAAUGGAACAAUGUCCCAAGUACAGGGAUCGGCCAACGAUCCCAUUUUUCUUCUUCACCAUGCUUUUGUGGACAGUAUUUUUGAACAAUGGCUGCGAAGGCACCGCCCUCUUUUGGAAGUUUACCCAGAAGCCAAUGCACCUAUCGGCCAUAACAGAGACUCUUACAUGGUUCCUUUCAUACCGCUCUAUAGAAAUGGUGAUUUCUUCAUAACAUCCAAGGAUCUGGGAUAUGACUACAGCUACCUCCAAGAGUCAGAUCCAGGCUUUUACAGAAAUUAUAUUGAGCCUUACUUGGAACAAGCCAGUCGUAUCUGGCCAUGGCUUCUUGGGGCAGCACUGGUGGGAGCUGUUAUUGCUGCAGCUCUCUCUGGGCUUAGCAGUAGGCUAUGCCUUCAGAAGAAGAAGAAGAAGAAGCAACCCCAGGAGGAAAGGCAGCCACUCCUCAUGGACAAAGACGACUACCACAGCUUGCUGUAUCAGAGCCAUCUGUGAACAUCCUAGGAAACAGAGUGGGACUGAAAGGUUUUACCUCACUCGACCUAUUUGUUGGUGUUUCUACAAAUUUAAACUAGUAUAAAACAUAGACCAUAGCUGUUUGGCUUUUUUUCAGACCCAUGUUUUUUCCUAAGUCCUAGUUUCUAAGAAAUGACUGGGAUUUGCUAAAAUAUAUAUAUAUAUAUAAAUAAUAACUUACUAAUAGCUAAAUAAAAUUUCCUCUUACAACUAAUUGAGCUGGUUUUUAUGAAUGUGUCUUAAUUAUUUAAACUUGAGGCACAUUUUUGUUUUCCUUACUUCAUUGUGAAUUUCCAAGAAAAAUAUUCUCUCUCUCUCUCUCUCUCGUGUGUUUGUGUGUAUGUGUGUGUUAACUGAUUCAAACAAUUUUGAAAAUCUUGGAUUGAUAGAAAUGAUUCAUUAAUUUAUGAAAUUAUUUCAUUAAUGAUUAGGAAAGACGAAUAAUUACUAAAUUAGUAACAGAGGAGAACAUCUGCCAGCUUUUAUUAAUUGUCAUUUAAGUUACCUUAUCUACCUUCUGUGACUGGUGGAAAAAUAUCAGGCAAGAGAUGGGAAUGCUCUGCCUAAUAGGAUAGUGGCUCCUGGAAGGAGUGGGUUAUUACUAGAGAUUAUUACCUGAAGUUUACCAUAGCCAGAAAAUUAAUCAAAACAGAUGACUCAGUAACAUCUGAAGCUUCAAGUCGGCUUGACUGCAAUCUGAAAUCAUCAAGCCCAAGAGCCAAAGGAAUGGGAACAGCGAUGGGAAACUAUCUGAAUCAGAUUCUAGUGUGAUAGUGUCAGGGGCACAUGGGUCAUCUUUGAGACCUUCACACCUGUUGAGUCACCAAAAUUUGCUGUGAAUGUAAAUUUUUACUGUAAAUUAAUUUUUUCUUUUCUUUUUAAAAAGAUUUAUUUAUUAUUAUACAUAAGUACACUGUAGCUGUCUUCAGACACACCAGAAGAGGGUGUCAGAUCUCAUUACAGAUGGUUGUGAGCCACCAUGUGGUUGCUGGGAUUUGAACUCAGGACCUCUGGAAGAACAGUCAGUGCUCUUACCCGCUGAGCCAUCUCGCCAGCCCAGUAAAUUUUUACUUUAGUGAAAGUAAAAUUUAAGUUUUAGUUUUUAGUUUAGUAAAAUUUUAGGAAGCAAAUUUUUAGUUUUCUAAACUAAUUUUUUUUUCUAGUACUGGACAUCAACCCAGUGCCUUGUAUAUGCAAUGCAAGCAUUUUCUUGUACUCUGCUACCUAGCAUGUAUAUAUAAAUCUACCCAACAAAUGUUCAUUACAGCUGACAAGGGUCUUUAUAAACUCAGUGUUUCCCUUUAUCACAAUACAAUUCCCUCCUUUGCCACUUCAUGUCAUCAUAGAAUAUUGUUUUUUUCUCUAGCGGUUCAAGGUAUGUAUUUGUAUAGCAGUCACACCUUUGAUAAAAGUUACCAUCUCUUUGAUUAUAUAUUCUCAUUAUGGUAACAAAAUUAUAUUAUGACUAUUUCAAUAUAUCUGAAAGUUUCAUUAAAUUCUCAUUAACUUUGUAUAUUUCAGUCUUGCUUAUUGUGAAGCUUUUAUAAAUUGCUUCACUUUUUUCUGAAAUUGUCCUGUUGCUACAUCAUUCUGUUAAGAAAUAAAUAAGUGGCAAUAUUUUCCCCCUUUCUUCUUCCUCUAGGCUUUUAAAAUUAAUUUUAGUAUUCAUAUAUUUUUAUCAAAUCAAACAUGCAAUUCUCUAUCUGUAGAGAUUAACCUGUGAUCGAUACAAGUCAUUUUAACUAGUGUCCUUAUGAGGCUGACAGCAAGCAUAAAUCAUUGAUGUUCAGCAUUUAUAUAAGCUUUCAUUUAUGAGUAGAGUUUGUCAGUUUAUACAAUAGAAUAUAAAUUAUAAACAAGCUAUUAAUACCACAAAAGCCUUAACAUUAUUUAGCUGUUGCAAACUACAUAUGAACAACUUUAGUAAUUUUCAUGUUCUAUUUAAGUUUUAUAUGCUUCAAAUUUAUUAUUUGGGGCCUCUUAUUGUUUUUUUAUAUGGCAGCAUUCUAGGAUGGAGUGUGAAGAGAUUUCUUAGCCUCAAUCCCCAUCUGAUGCCCUAUGGGCAGUGAUGGCUUCUGUUUGAGGGACACUCAGUUUUCUAUUCGAGUCCUGGUAGAGUUAUCAUGUUCUGGUAGAAGGAUUCAAGCCCAGUAGUAUAGGUACACCAUGCCUUAUAAUGACUGAGCUAUUACAUUUAAAAAAGAAUAAAAGCAUGAAGCUGAGGAGGCAGUGAGGUGGGGGUGGAUCUGCGGAGAGUCACAUGGAGAAGUGGAGGGCAGAUUUACAUUAUAUCAAAUUUUCAAAAAAUAAUAAAAUAUUUAUAAAAUGUAAUUGAACGAACAAUAUGUGGGUUGGAAUCAAAACUCAUGUAGAACUUUCUUCAGUCACUAGAUCUGAUUGAUUGUGAAUUGAUUAUUAGCCAUUUAAACUAGUAGACUCGAGACUUACCUUAAUUAUUUAGUUGCCAAAUUUGGGAUCACAAUUGAAUAUGUCUCCUCAAAAAAUAUCUUAAAAAUUCAUAGUAAUCACUUUCACUUUCCUUUUGCCUAUUUUAAAAUAUAUGCAUUCUCUUUAAUUAAACAGCUCUGCAUCCUGUUUGUCCCAUAGGUAAAUAAAAUGUUGAGUGUGAAUAUUUAGUGAAAUAUAGUUCUUAAUAAAUUUGCUUUACUAAAAUUAUUUUUACUUUCUUAGUCUUUUUUUUUUUUAGAAAAUUAAAAGUAAAUGUAUAGAAGUAAAAAGUUUGUUUUCUAAAUCAGUGUUCUAUAUGUUGCAUAAACUGGUUCCUACUGCUGGAUUUUGUUGGCUUUCCAGUCUCAGAGCAGUGUCUGGAUUACAGGUAGAUAUUGCUGUACUAGGAUGAAAGUAGACUGUUUUAAUGAGAGAUACUUUCAAUUUCACAGGAAAGGUGAUUUCUAUUAUGUUAGGCCAAUAAUCCUAACUUUAAUGGCAUUUCAUAAUGGGUGCUGAGUUAACUGUCUGAUGCUGAAAUUAUACUAAAAAUAAUGUGGUGAUCAUGGAACCUCAAAAUAAAACAAAAUAAACUAAAAAUUUAUCACCUUUUAAAAAUCUAGUAUUAUCUUUUCAUUAACUAGAAAACAAAUGUUGAAAUGUUUAAAAAGAAAUAUUUAGCAAUAUACACAAUAAUUGAUUAAUUUCAGUUUAAUUUUUAAAAUAUUUUAUUCUUUCUUAAUGACAACUACUGUAUGAUCUGGCUCAUAAGUAGUAGCGGUAGCAGCUUUUGCAGAGCAUAUACCCCCUAAAAUCUGUGUCAAUAUACUAUUUGAGUUCCCUGAACAUCUGUUUAUUACAGUGCUACUCACAACAACUAGGUUGUGGAGACACCCCAGAUGUCUAUCCACAGACAAAUGGAUAGAGAAACCAUGGCAUGUAUACAUGGUGGAGGUUUGUUCAGCCAUAAAGAAGAAUUAAAUUAUGUCAUUUGCAAGAAAACUAAUGUAUUUAUAAUUCAUGAUGAUGAAUGCAAUAGGUCACACUAAAAAUCACGUUUUUCUAUAUUAUAUAUACAUAUAAGUGUAUACAUGCACAUUUUCAGGAGGAACUAUUUGUUUUUUUUUUAACGCAUUCUAGAAUGUAGCAGGAAAGACAAUAUUGUGGGUAGUUUGGGGUUGCAUCAGUAUAAGCAAAGAAAAAGUUAUACAAGUAUGAAAAUUUUAUAAUGAGUACAUUAUAAAAUUUGUAAUGUGUACAAUAAAUAUAUACCAAUAUGCUGUAUAAUAAAUAUAUACCAAUGAUUAAAGAAAAAAUCCAAGUAGUUAUGUAUUUUACUUAUAAAGACAAAAUGAAAUCAGCAUUAACUUAUUUCACAGAUAUUUCCUAGAAUUUGGGGGUAUAAAGAUGAUUAAGACACAUAAACCAUAUGCUACAUUGAAAAAUGCAAGUGGGGUAAUAGGAAAGUAGAUAACUACUUAUAAAAUUAUGAUGGAAAUAAUCAUUCUAGAGUAAUAUUCUAAAACACAAUUUAAAAAGUAAGGUCAUAAAAUAGAAAAAUAAUUACCCAUCUCAAUUCUAAGACAUAAUUUUUUAGAUUAGAUUAAUCUCUUCUUUAACAAUUAUAAUAGAACCUUUUCAUCAUUUAUAUACUGGAUGCAUGUCUAAGCACUACUCUAUAUAAUUUCUGCUUGUCAUAUGAACACUGAGUAUGGUUAUAUUACUUUAUUUUAAUGAUGAAGAAGCUUGAAUAACAAAGAUAUUUUAAGAAGUCAAAAACCCUAUUAAAUUGUAUGUAUCACAAUUUUU